AUGUCAGCCGGUACUUUAUAUAUUUUGAAAGUUUCUCCAAGAUCUUUCGUCUUAGAAGAUCUUAUUAAACAUUUUAAAUUAGAUGUUAAAUUAACUGAUGAUAAAGAUGAAAAAUAUCAUGCUAAAUUUCCAUUAGAUAAAACUCCAGCUUUCUUAGGUCCAAAAGGUUAUUCAUUAACUGAAACUAUUGCAAUUGCUUCAUAUUUAUUUUCAUUAGUUCCAAAAGAUCAAUUAGGUGGUUUAUUAGGUAAAAAUGCUCAACAAUAUGCUUCAAUUUUACAAUAUUUAUCAUUAAUGAAUCAAGAAUGGUUAGAAGCUGUUGUUCCAAUGUUUUAUAUGGCUGCUGGUAAAGUUCCAUUCAACAAAAAAAACAAUGAUGAAUAUUCAAAUAAAGCUCAUACUGUUGCUAAAAUUUUAGAAUCAAGAUUAAAUGAUUUUACUUAUUUAGUUGGUGAAAGAUUAACUUAUGCUGAUAUUUUCUCAGCUGCUACUGUUUCACUUGGUUUACAAUCAGUUUUAGGUGCUCCAUUCUUGAAGCAAUAUCCAGGUAUCAAUAGAUGGUUUAAAACUGUUUCUCAAGCUCCAUUUUGGGAAGGUAGAUUUAAAGGUUUUGAAGCUCGUGCUGAACCAUUAGUUUUCACUCCACCAAAAAAAGAAAAAAAGAAAGAAACUACUCCAGCUCCAGCUGCUGCUAAAAAAGAAGCCGCUCCAAAGAAAGCUGCUGCUACUGAAGAUGAAGAACCAGCUGCUGCUCCAAAACCAAAACAUCCAUUAGAAGCCUUAGGUAAACCAAAAGCUCCAUUAGAUGAAUGGAAAAGAGUUUAUUCAAAUGAAGAAACUAGAGAAACUGCUAUUCCAUGGUUUUGGAAAAAUCAAUAUGAUCCCGAAGAAUGGUCAUUAUGGAAAGUUGAUUAUAAAUAUAAUGAUGAAUUAACUUUAACUUUUAUGUCAAAUAAUUUAGUUGGUGGUUUUUUCAAUAGAUUAUCAGCUUCAACUAAAUAUAUGUUUGGUUGUAUGGUUGUUUAUGGUGAAAACAAUAAUAAUGGUAUUACUGGUGCCUUUUUAGUUAGAGGUCAAGAUUAUGUUCCAGCUUUUGAUGUUGCACCAGAUUGGGAAUCUUAUGAAUUCACUAAAUUAGAUGGUUCAAAAGAAGAAACUAAAAAAUUUGUUGAUAACAUGUUUGCUUGGGAUGAACCAGUUGAAGUUAAUGGUGAAAAAAGAGAAAUUGCUGAUGGUAAAGUUUUUAAAUAG